AUGUCAUCCCUGACCCCACCCUGCGAGGGCAACUGCUCGACACCCAGAUUUUUUGUUGGUGCCCGAGAUGAUGAGACAGACUUCCUGGAAUCAAACAUGAAUCCUGACGAGGUUGAUUUCUAUGAAGAAGAGGAAGAUGAGGAUGAGGAAGAUGCGCCUCCUGAACGUCAGAUUGUGGUGGGAAUUUGUGCCAUGACCAAAAAGUCCAAGUCCAAGCCAAUGACCCAAAUCUUGGAGCGCCUGUGCAAGUUUGAGUACAUCACUGUAGUGAUUAUGUCCGAAGAUAUCAUUCUGAAUGAACCUGUGGAGAAUUGGCCCAUAUGUGACUGUCUGAUCUCUUUUCAUUCUAAAGGAUUUCCACUUGAUAAAGCUGUUGCUUACUCAAAACUGCGUAACCCAUUUCUCAUCAAUGACUUGGAUAUGCAGUAUUACAUCCAAGACAGGAGGGAAGUAUACCGAAUUUUGCAGCAGGAGGGAAUUGAUCUUCCUCGCUAUGCUGUACUUAACAGAGACCCUGACAAGCCAGAUGAGUGUAAUCUAAUAGAAGGUGAGGAUCAGGUAGAAGUGAAUGGAGAAGUCUUCCCAAAGCCAUUUGUAGAAAAGCCAGUUAGUGCAGAAGACCACAACGUAUAUAUUUAUUACCCCACGUCAGCAGGAGGUGGAAGCCAAAGACUUUUCAGAAAGAUUGGCAGUCGUAGCAGUGUUUACUCCCCAGAGAGCAGUGUUCGCAAAACGGGAUCCUACAUUUAUGAAGAGUUCAUGCCGACUGAUGGUACUGAUGUUAAGGUAUACACUGUAGGUCCAGAUUAUGCCCAUGCAGAGGCCCGCAAAUCUCCAGCUCUGGAUGGGAAAGUGGAGCGUGAUAGUGAAGGCAAGGAAAUCCGCUAUCCUGUCAUGCUCACUGCCAUGGAGAAGCUUGUGGCACGGAAGGUCUGCUUGGCAUUUAAGCAAACUGUUUGCGGCUUUGACUUGCUAAGAGCCAAUGGGCACUCGUUUGUUUGUGAUGUCAAUGGUUUCAGUUUUGUUAAGAACUCCAUGAAAUAUUAUGAUGACUGUGCCAAAAUACUGGGGAAUAUAAUUAUGAGAGAGCUUGCUCCACAGUUCCAGAUCCCCUGGUCUAUCCCAACAGAGGCAGAAGAUAUUCCUAUAGUACCAACCACGUCUGGAACAAUGAUGGAGUUGCGAUGUGUAAUCGCAAUUAUACGACACGGUGACCGCACUCCAAAGCAGAAGAUGAAGAUGGAGGUUCGACAUCCAAGGUUCUUUGAGUUAUUUGAACAUUAUGAUGGCUAUAAAACAGGAAAGUUGAAGCUUAAGAAGCCAGAACAACUACAGGAAGUGCUUGACAUAGCAAGACUUCUGCUAUCAGAACUUGGAACGCACAGUGACUGCGAGAUUGAAGAGAGGAAAUCCAAGCUUGAGCAGCUGAAAACGGUCCUGGAAAUGUACGGCCAUUUCUCUGGUAUUAAUAGGAAAGUUCAGCUGACUUAUUUGCCCCAUGGUCAUCCAAAAAUAUCCAGUGAGGAUGAAGAUGCCCGGAAGGACUCCCCAUCUCUAUUGCUAGUCUUGAAAUGGGGUGGGGAACUGACACCAGCUGGGCGAGUACAAGCAGAAGAGCUAGGGCGGGCUUUCCGCUGUAUGUAUCCUGGAGGGCAAGGAGAUUAUGCAGGAUUUCCAGGCUGUGGACUUCUGCGACUUCACAGCACUUACCGUCAUGACCUCAAGAUUUAUGCGUCAGAUGAGGGUCGAGUACAAAUGACUGCUGCAGCUUUUGCAAAGGGUCUCUUAGCACUGGAAGGUGAGCUUACUCCAAUUCUGGUUCAAAUGGUCAAGAGUGCAAAUAUGAACGGACUCCUGGACAGUGACAGUGAUUCUUUGAGCAGCUGUCAACAGAAAGUGAAGGCUCGUCUCCAUGAGAUUAUGCAGAAGGAUGCUGAAUUCACCGAGGAUGACCAAGAAAGGCUGGCCCCGACUAGCAGCACAUCUUUGCUUAACUCCAUGGAAGCAAUAAAGAACCCAGUGAAAAUAUGUGACCAAGUCUUCUCCCUCAUUGAAAGUCUUACUUCUCAGAUCCAGCAGCGUCUGGAGGAUCCAAAAUCUGCAGACCUACAGUUGUACCAUAGUGAAACUCUAGAGCUGAUGUUACAGCGAUGGAGCAAGUUAGAAAGAGAUUUCCGCAUGAAAAAUGGGCGUUAUGACAUAAGCAAGAUUCCCGACAUCUAUGAUUGUGUCAAGUAUGAUGUUCAGCACAACAGUAGCUGCCCUUAAAGGAACAGAUGAGCUUUUCAAGCUUUCCAAAUCAUUAGCAGAUGUUAUAAUCCCACAGGAAUAUGGCAUUAAUAAAGAGGAGAAACUGGAGAUUGCAGUUGGGUACUGUCUUCCUCUCAUUAAAAAGAUCCAGUUAGAUUUGCAGAGAACCCAUGAGGAUGAAUCUGUAAACAAGCUGCACCCGCUCUAUUCAAGAGGAGUAUUGUCUCCGGGUCGUCACGUCAGGACGCGGCUGUACUUUACGAGUGAGAGUCAUGUACACUCCUUGCUGAGCAUUUUUCGUUAUGGGGGACUCUUAGAUGAGUCUAAAGAUCAGCAGUGGAAAAGAGCAAUGGAUUAUUUAUGUGCUGUGUCAGAGCUGAACUACAUGACACAAAUUGUGAUCAUGCUGUACGAGGACAACAAUAAGGACCCAUCUUCAGAAGAGAGAUUUCAUGUAGAGCUGCAUUUCAGUCCAGGAGUCAAAGGCUGUGAGGAAGAUGAAAAGGCCCCCCUGGGAUUUGGAUUUCGACCAGCUUCAGCUGAAAGUGAAGAUAAAAAGACAGACCAGGGUAGUCUGGAAGACUUGUCUAGGGUGAAAGGCACAGAUGACGUUGACCGAUCCAUACUGAUGUCACCACUACCGAGUGAGGCAAUCAGCAUCCACAGAAAGUCUCCCCUAACCCGUGCUAGGAAGACUGGGUCAAUGGAGGUAAAAAA